ACAAAGAGAAUUGUAUAUGCAUACCUUUUUUAUCUUAAAUAUAGCCAUGAUCAUAUAGAAAUUAUUGUUGGAGCGAAUGGAGAACUGCUGUUCUUUCGACAACGAGAAGGACCAUAUUUUCCUACUCUCAGGCUUUUACAUAAAUAUCCUUUUAUUUGCCCUUGGGAACAAGUUGACAGAGGUGCAAUUCGGUUUGUUUUGAGUGGUGCUAAUAUUAUGUGUCCUGGGUUGACAUCUCCUGGUGCUAAAAUGACUGCUGUACCCAAAGGAACAGUAGUAGCAAUAAUGGCAGAAGGAAAAGAGCAUGCAUUAGCAGUAGGACUGACGUCUAUGUCUACUGAUGACAUUUUAAAAGUGAAUAAAGGAGUUGGAGUUGAAAAUAUUCAUUAUUUAAAUGAUGGCUUGUGGCAGAUGAAAACUGUUAAGUAGACUACUGUAUGGGCUUAUUGGUUAUGGUCUAUAUGUGAUUUUCCCACAGUCUAAGUAUUCUGAUAUUUGUUACGCAAUUAAUUGUAUGAGAUUUUUAUGAAAAGGAAAAAAUAUUUUCUUCUUAUAAGUUUAAAAAUUAAUUGCAUUAGGAGUAAACUUGGGAAUGUUUUUGUUAUGAGUAUGUUCAGCUGUUUUCUUUUCCAUAUAAAUAAAUGAUAUAAUGCCUUACAAAGCACUUUUUAUGAUUUUAUAAAAAGUGCUUAACUGCCAAGUAAUCUAUACAAGAUACAUCUGUUAAUGUCACAUGUUCCAAAACUUACAGCCCAUUGUUCAGCUGUAAAUUACUUUGUAACUUAACAACUUUUCAUUGUGAUCUCCAGGAUUUUCUGGAAACUCAUUUUUGUUACUUGAAAUAAAGUCUGAAAUUUUUAUUUG